UAAUAACUGUCAACUCGUUUGAAUAAAAAUUGUCGGAAGUACGUUAUUUGUUAUUUCUGUAAACAUUGGUUUUUAAUCAAAAAUAACCUACUGAAGCAAAAAUGAUUAAAACACAACCGUGGAUUGGUGGUACUGAAGAAGAAUACGAGACGAAACAUUUUGGUUUUGGUGCUCAAAGUCUCAAAAUAGCGGUGCGUCAAAUGGUAGAACACAAAAUCAAAAGUGGAGUGAAGGAUAUGGAGUCUUAUUUACAGGAUAAACUAGACUUGAAUGACACAGACAAAUUAACUUUAACACAUUCGUGUGAUAAGUUAAUAAAGUUAUAUUGUGAACGGGCAGGACCCUCACUGGAAGCUAUAGACAGUGAAAUAGAGAGAUUACUAAAAAUUCCACCGAAUGUUUUGUUACCUGAAGACGAAGUUCAGUUAGAACAAGUUUCGGAUGAGGAAUAUCAAAAGCUGAAGGAGGAAGUUGCUUUAUUGAGGAAGCGUGUUGAAAGAGGUGCAUCAUUGGAGGCUUUACUUAGUGCUGAGGAUGAGGAGCUCUCAUCUAUCGAAAACGUGUGUGAAAUAGCAAGAAAAGAUAUGGAGAUAUUGGAUUUGCUUCAGAAAAGCUGUAUAAAAAGUGAUGUCAAGUUAAUCAAAAAUGCAACGGAGUUCAUAUGUUCUAUGGUGCCAUUUCUAAAAAAGAGUGAUUCAAUUUUUGACGAUUAGAUUUUUAAUAAAUGUACUGAAAAAUUAUUUUAAUUGUGAAAAUAAGUAUGAUUACUUCUCUCCAUAAUGACUUUUGUAAUGGAAUUUUGGAAUAGAUGAGUAGGUGAGGAUAAAACAUUCAAA